AUGCAGCGUGUGCGUUUGUCAUCUCAACAGGCGCCCGUGCACAAGCUAGGAGAUCCUCAAAUGACCUUAUCCCCAAAAUUUAGGUUAGCUGUGGUCCAAUCUUCUUUCUCAAAUCCUUCACCAGAGUUAGAGUUUUCUCACUGCCAAGAACCCUUGAUUCCGGGCCUCCCUGAUGAUGUUGCGCUCAAUUGUCUUCUCCGGCUUCCAGUUCAGAGUCAUGCAACCUGUAGAGUCUGCAAGCGAUGGCGUAUGCUUCUUGGUAGUAAAGAGAGAUUUUUUACCCACAGGAAGCAAUUGGGUUUGAAAGGCCCUUGGCUUUUUGUAUUUGCCUACCACAAGUGCACUGGAAAGAUCCAGUGGCAGGUUCUUGACCUCACCCACUUUUCUUGGCACUGCAUCCCUGCAAUGCCAUGUAAGGAUAAGGUUUGUCCCCAUGGUUUUAGGUGUAUUUCUAUUCCCCACGAAGGCGUUCUCUUUGUAUGUGGUGGAAUGGUCUCUGAUGUUGAUUGUCCCCUUGACUUGGUAGUGAAAUACGAGAUGCAGAAAAAUCGUUGGACUGUGAUGAAUAGAAUGAUUACUGCUAGGUCAUUUUUUGCCAGUGGAGUGAUUGAUGGGAUGAUUUAUGUGGCUGGGGGAAACAGUGCAGGCCUUUUUGAGCUUGAUUCUGCUGAGGUGUUGGACCCUCUCAAUGGUAGUUGGCGUUCUAUUGCUAGCAUGGGAACAAAUAUGGCAUCUUAUGAUGCUGCAGUGCUUAAUGGGAAGCUUCUGGUGACAGAGGGCUGGUUAUGGCCAUUUUAUGUCUCUCCUAGAGGUCAGAUCUAUGAUCCAAGAACGAAUAACUGGGAAAAUAUGGCUGUAGGACUUAGAGAAGGGUGGACAGGUUCAAGUGUUGUGGUUUAUGGGCACCUAUUUGUUGUUUCAGAGCUUGAAAGAAUGAAAGUUAAGGUUUAUGACACAGAAUCUGAUUCUUGGGAAGCCAUAGAAGGGCCCCCAUUGCCUGAGCAAAUAUGCAAACCUUUUGCUGUGAAUUCUUGUGAUUGCCAUAUUUAUGUUGUGGGCCGAAAUCUUCAUGUUGCAGUUGGUCAAAUCCUUAGACUGAACUCAAAGAAGGAUUGUACCAAAAAGUGGAGCUUUGGUGUUCGAUGGCAUGUGAUUGAUGCGCCAGAAAGUUUCUCUGAUCUGACUCCUUCAAGCUCUCAGGUGCUAUUUGCAUAGUUUUACACUGUUCUGGAAUGUUAUGGAUGUUGUUGAAUAAAAUGUAAUUAGAUAUAUUUACCAAAGGUCUGAAACUUAUAGUGGCUGUGUGGAGAAACGUUUGUAGUAGUUAUUGAAAUGUAUUAAUGGUAAUUUCUUCUUUUACUUUCUUUUAUG